UUCCACGUGUCCCCACGUGUCCGAUCACCGACCACCAUAGUCAAAAAAACUCGGUUUCCAUUUCUUCCUUCCACCCCAAUCCCCAUUCCAGAUCUAGGGUUUCACUUCCAUUCUCUCUCAAUCCAAUCACUCAACACUACCAAAAAUGGCACUAGAAUGGGUCGUUCUCGGUUACGCCGCAGCGGCAGAGGCCGUUAUGGUCCUCCUCCUCACCAUCCCGGGCCUCGGCCCACUCCGCAAAGGUUUAGUCGCCGUUAUCCGUAACCUCCUCAAACCGUUUUUAUCUAUUGUUCCGUUUUGUUUGUUUUUGUUCAUGGAUAUUUACUGGAAGUAUGAGACCCGGCCCACGUGUGAUACGGCUGAGUCGUGUACCCCAACAGAGCAUCUGCGCCACCAGAAGUCGAUCAUGAAGAGCCAGCGGAACAUGCUGUUGAUUGUAACCGCGUUGGUGUUCUAUUGGCUGUUGUUUUCGGUUACUCAAUUGGUUGUUAAGAUUGAUCAGUUGAACAGCAGGGUCGAGAAGUUGAAGAAUAAUUGAUGAAGAUGGGUUUUGGUAUGUUUUGGUGUUUUAAGUUUUAUGGUUUGAUUGUAUGGACGGUUUAGGUUAUAAAUGGAUUAGUCGAGAACUUGAAUGUGUUUACAAUUGUUUGUGUUUGAAGUUUGAUGUUUAUGUGUUUGUGUUUGUGUUGA